CAGCAGUAGCAAACCCAAGUGAACCUAUGGAGCACUAUGGAGUCUGGGCAUGUCGGGGAUGUCAGGUGGAUAACACCACCACCGCUACCCCUUCUUUCUCUUUCUCUCUGAUACCCUUGUACACCUUUUUACACUCAUGUCCACCCUCUUCCAUCCUCCAUCCAUCCUCUCUCAAGAACAAGAUCAAUAUUUCCCAGCUCAAGGGAGACAGAGAAUCUGUCUCUCUUGGGGUUGUAGUAGGGGUGAAAAUUUAAGCACUAUAGCCAGCAAAGCCUGUUGCUGCCGCUGCACUUUGCAACUUGUUUUAGUAGUGAGCAGUAGUGAGCAACAGUGAGCAAUUGUGAGCAGUAGUGAGUGCCUCAUCUGCUUGCUUGCUUGCUUGCCUGUUUAUUUGCUUGUCUGUCUGCCUGCCUGCCUACUGCUUGUCUGCCCAAAAGAUCGACUGACUACUGACUACUGUCUGCCUCACACGAUACAUCAUCUAAUAUAUUGGUCCAAAUACUACGACCAGUUAAAAAGGGCAAUCUAGUGAUGUGUGGUGAGCUGCAUUCAAGAGAUUAUGGAUAGACUUCCUGAUUGGACUUAUGGUACAAAUGCGACGACGUCACAACCGGGCCAAAAUUGCGGCAAUUCGACAAGUUUAUCAGUUGACGAAAUUCUUGUAACUGCCCCAUCCUGGGCUGCAGUUAAUAAUAAUUUGAAAUGGAUUUUUCCUUUACACUCCUACGGGUUUGCGUGUCUUUUCUUUGUACUGAGUUUCUAUACUCUCUUUUCAAUUUUAAAUUUAAGGUCGCUAAUUUCUAGUCGGCCUUUUAUGACAACAAUUAAUGUAUUUUUGUGUCUUCUUGGAGCAUCUCGAAGUGGCUGUCUAUUUAUCGAUCCUUACAAUCUUCAAGAGACAAUGCCGAAAGUAAUUGGCUCAAUAAUGUGGGACAUUGGAUUUCCUUGCGUGACCUCGGCCUUUUGCCUCGUCCAAUUGGCCUUCCUUCAACUCACCCAAAUUAAAUUUGGCCCUUCAAAAUUACAAAAAGAAUCAUGGUUGAGUUUUGUUAUAACUUCACAUUUUUCAUUCGUUAUUGCAAGCGAUGUUGCCUUGGCUUUUCAUAAUCACUACAUAACUAAGUACGUUGUACAAACGUUAUUUCUUAUUUGGAGUAUUAUAUUGUACCUGACAUUUCUUCACGCCGGCUACAAAGCCAUGGAUAUAGUAAGAACUUUACCAAGUAAUGCGCUUAUACGGGACAAUUCAUUGGGCAAUCAAAAGGGUAUAAUGCAAUUAGCAAUACUGGCUCCAUACAAUAAUCUCGCUACCUCUGUUGCUGCAGCUCUCGUUCCCACAUUGUUUAGUCAAAGAACAAAGUCUGAAGAUACUGAAAUAAUAAAUAUAAAUUGCAGUGAUACCAAUAAUAAAAUGGAUAAUGAAAAAAGGGACCAAUUUAACAGUUCGACAGCAAUAUCAAAUACAAAAAAUAAUAAAGAUUAUAACAAUUAUCAGCAAUCGCAACAACCAACAUCAACUGUCCCAGAAGUAUAUGUAAGACCACCAACUCCGACUCCAACAGGAGUUCUUCCAAUAAUAACAGUAUCGUGUCCAAGUCGUCGAAGUUCAUUAGCUAGCAGCCGUAGAGGUAGUGACGUAUCAGCAUCAGCACGCGAAUCACGUAGAAAUUCGACAACCAGCGUUAAAUUUAUAAAUGAACAAGAUGAAACAUCAAUUAAUGAAAAAAAAAGUUCUCCUGUUUCUGACAGACCAACUACACCAAUUACACCUGAAGGAAUAUUAAGGAGAAAUUCAGACAUAACAACACCGACCGGUAGCUCCAAAGAUCUUCGAAGAUGUUCUGAUUUUACUCAUGAAAAAAAUCGGACUUCACAAUUUGCCACUAAGUUGAGAAGAAAUUCAGAUUUUGGUAAUCGAACACCCAAGAGAAUGCUACCGACUGAUGAUCCGACAACAAGAUUACCUCAAGUUCUCGAUAUAAGUCCUAGUAGUUCGCGAAGAAAUUCCGAUUUAGGUGGUCUAGCUGCUGUUAAAGUACCCGAAUCUCGACGUAACUCAGAUGUUUCUUAUAGACGUACUUCUGAUUUCGCUCAAAUGCGACCACUAUUUACAAACCGUCGUACCAGUGACGUCAGUAUAAAGACCUUGGAUAAAAGCCCGACACACUUUCAGAGUACAGUAGUACCUAAGAUGGAAAUAUUGGAAAAUAAGUCGGAAUCAGAUUCAGACCAACAUGAUUGUUGUAAUGAAAAGGCUGCACUAAUGAAUAAUGAUAAGCCAAAAUUAAAGGAAGAAGAUAAUAAAGGACGUAAAAAAAGUUUAUCAUGGAAAAAUAUCGACAAGUUUAAAGACGAUCAAGAUAUAACUGCUGAGAGCAGUUUAUUACCUGAUAACUCAGCAUCUGAUCGAAAUGGAGGAGGAAGCGACUUUACUCUUCACGCAAUUCUAAAUCACAUUGCCAAUGUCAAUCGUGCUAAAACAGACAUCCCACUUCAAAUAGAAUCAUCCUGCGGAGCUGGUCGUAAAUCACAAAUACGCCGAGUUCUUCACGUUAUUUAUGCAACAGCUAUCUUGGGAAUAGUUCUCUGCAUUGUAGAUAUUGCAAGAAUAUUCGGACCAUAUGGUUUAUUAGGCGAAACUUUAAACUAUGGAGAACGUUUGGAGGCUGUUAAGUAUCCGAAACCGCUACCUUGGCUCAUUUAUCAGACUAUUUGUCGUGGGUUGGAACUGAUAAUGGGCUGCUGUAUGGCAAGUAUAACUAAACAAUCUUCAAUGAGCCCAAGGCAUCAGUAUUUUAAUAAUUACAACAGUAGCUAUCGUUUUAAACAGCGAGAUAAUCCUUAUAUAUAAAUAUAUAUUAUAUUAUCUGUAAUAUAAUUAAGGGCAUUCUCAGACAGUGCCCUACACUUUUUUUAAAUUUUAAAUUACUUUCAACUGUAAUGACCGUAUUAAAAUUUUUGUAAUUAAUUUAAAAAAAUUUUAGUGUUAAUUUAAAAAAGGACAGUUACAAUUUCGCCGAGAAAAAUUAUGAUGACAUGAAAAUUUUACUGAAAUAUUUUCAAAAUUUUAUGUGAUUUCUAAUUGAUAUCAACUGUAAUUUAUUUGAUAAAAAAUCUAUGUCUCGGUGAGAUCGUAAUUACGCUGCCCUUUUUUCAAUUAAUGCUUUAAAUUUUUUUAAAUUAAUUAUCAAAAUUUGAAUACGUUCAUUACAAUUAAAAGUCAUUGACAAUUUUAAAAAACUGGAGGGAGGGGGGGUGUCUGAGAAUGGCUGUAAUGAAAAUAAGCAAUACGUAUUUCGAAAAAAAAAUAUGCCAAAAUUAUUACUAUUACUUUUAUUCAAGUGGAUAAUAUAAUGUGUCAACAAAAGUCAAUCUUUUUGACAAAAAAAAUAUAAUUUUUCCGUUGAUAAUCAUGAGACUAUUGAAAAUAUCUAUCAUCUUUAGCCUGGGAACAUAACUUUUACUCGUUGAAAAAGUUGUUUCAUUAAAUUAAUAAAUAUAAUGCAAAGUCGGUUGAUAUUAUUGUCCAGAUUGUUAAAUAUAUAUCGGUAUUGAUUCUAAAGAAUAAAUAAUUGUGUUCAUUGAUUAAGAAAAAAAAAAAAAUAGUUAAUGUAAAGGUUUUUAUUUAAAAUUUAAUUAAUUUAAUCUAUCACACGCAGGUUCAAAACAUGAAGAAAAAAUAAUUUUAUUUUGUAUACAAUAGACCAUAUUUUUUUUUUAAUUUUUAUAAAAAAAAAAAAGUUAAAAAACCAUUGAAUGGUUUAAGUUAAUUUAUUUAUGAUCCUGAAGUUAGCAGACAGUUAAAAAUUUUCGAAUUUUUAUUUCAACGACUUAAUUUAAAACAAAAAAUGAAGAUAAAAAUAUGCACACGUAGAAAAUUUAAAAAACUAAAGGUGCAAUUUUUUCAAAUAUUUUUUUUUUAAUAAUUUAUUGUUUAAAAAAAAAAAUCCACAAAUUAUUAGACGUCGGCUAACUUCAGUAUCAUAAUUUAUUUUUGUACUAAUCCUCAAAUGGCUCAAACAAUAAUUUAUUAAUUUUACAAAGAAGAAAAAAAACAAAAAAAAAAAAGAGAGAAAAUGAGGACUUUAAUAUCUUACCGUAAAUAGAUUUUUAAUCGUAAUAAUAAAAUAAAAAAAAGAAUUUAAAAUUCUAAAGACAUAUAAUAUAUAAAUUCCCUUUGAUAUUUCUUCUUAAAAAUAUAUAUAUAUGGUUUGUAUACUCUUCGAAACCAAACUUCCAAGUGCCCUAACUGUUCAUCAUCGUUCAAUCAAACGUUUUUAAUAUUAAUAAAUAAUAUACAUAUACAUAUAUAUAUACCAGUGUUGUGAUUCUAUAAUUGUGAUAUACAUCCUGAUGUUUAAAGUUUCUGAAAUGUUAAUUUUAUGUUUCAUCAGUGAUAAUAUAAAUGUAUAAGUACCUACACACAUAUAUGUAUAUAAAUAUAUAAUGUGUGUUAAUUAUUAUUUAAUAAAUCAAUCUCUUUCAUCCAAGUACAAAACAAAUCAUACUUGAAUACCUCUUCAACAAAUAAUUACACGUAAUACGCUAUUGGAAAACACUCAGCAUUAUUAUUUUAAAAGUAAAUAAAUAUAUCAUGAUAUAAUAGAUGUUUGAUGUGCCAAAAAUAUUCGUGUUAUCGACUUUAAAUGUUUAUGUAUUAAAACUAUAAUAAUAAUAAUAAUAUAUAAGAUAUUUGAAUAUUAAUACAAUAAUAUAUUAAAUUUUCAUAUACUAAUUAUAUGUAAAAAAUAUAUAUAUAAAGUACUUGUCAUCAUAUUAUUUGUAUACGAUUGGAUGCACAAUAAUGAGUAAACAUAUAUUUAUAAAAUUGAUAAAUUGUAUCAAGUAUAUAUAUAUAUAUUUAUGGAAAAUUAUUGGAGUAUUUUCUAAAAACAAUAGAUUAGUUUGAAUGUUAUGAGAAAAACUGGAAAAUAAAUUAUGAAAAUUAAAUUUUUUUUUUAAUUUUUCACUGAAAUUAGUAGUGAAAGUUUAAAGCGAUUAGAUAUCAAUAAACUUGAAACAAAAAAAGGUAAUUGUAAUAUUGAUGAAAAUAAUAUGUAUGGCAAUUGAAAUUCAUUAAUC